GCUUUUGCCGCAUCUAAAAUGGCCGAGGGAACGGUCCAGCAACACACUAUUUUAUUUCCUGUGCAGCACAAUAUUGACGUCCUACAAACAACCCCAUGCGCGUGUGUUCCGCAUCGCACAUUGCAGACAAGUAAGUGCAUUUAAUCGACUGGCUCGAGCGAGAUCUGUGCGCAAUAUUAGCUUCGCUACAUUUUAGUGUAGUGCAUCUGCAAAUGCACACAUACCUAAGGAACUACUACACCUCAAAUUGGUCACUCCUUUUGACGAUGUCUGUGUCAACACGAUAAUGGAGAACGAGGAAGAGUCGCCUUUUCGCAUUAUUUCUACUGUCCGAGCCCUAAACUCGGCAUUACGGGGAAAGCUGCGGGAUGAUACCGAGACUGUGCAUUCCUGUGCUGGAGACAGGGUCCCGAAUGAGCCAGAGAAGCUCUGGUUCAAGGAGAGCAGUGCGAAAAAUCUACGGAACCGUGACUUCCUUUCCCCAAAUACGGUUUUAACUUCCUUAUAUGACGGCGGACAGGUUCCCCCAGCAGUGCUGAAUAACGUGCUGUCUGCACACGGAAGUGGUGUGUUGCCUUUACAUGUGGGUGAGGUGGUGGCAGAGGGUCUGCGUGUUAGUGUGGACCAUCCUGCAGCUUUCCGGGGUGUCCUAAGCCACUCGGCCAAGUACCUUCAUCCAUCUGGGGCCCAGCAAGAGGGCUGCGUGCUUCUCAACUGUCCCGCACUGCACAUCAGAGAGACAGACAUCACCUCGCAUACGCUUACUCUGGGUCAGCUGCGCACAGUGCUCAUCGCAGACCAUCUGGGGGUCUUACUCAGAAGACAAGGGUACACCGUUUUGCACUGCCCGGCUCUGCCGGAGGGCGGUGACGUCAUCAACUUCCUGAAGGUGCUGGGUGUUGAUUGGCCAACCGUGCCCGCCAGCUGGACCAAUGAGGAGCAAGAACAGAAGGUUCUGGAAGACCUGCAGAGAUCUCCGUUCAGAGAGAGGGAGAACGAGAAGGACAGGAGAAGAAGAAGCAGAGGAGAGGAGACGGAGAGAGGAGGAGAGAAGAGAGGAGAGGAGAGAGUAGAGGAGGAGGCGGAGGUCAAGAUCAACCUGAAGGAGGUGGUCCAGGAGCAAGUGUUUCUGGGAUACGACCCCAGCCUUGGCAGCUGCACAGUCCAAAGGGAGGCUGUAGUCCACCUGGCCCAGUUGGACAGAGUAGCAGCGGCAGCUGACAGUUCGGCGGCCCUGACUGUGCUCCACGUCACCUCUUGUCAGGAGGAGUUCCGUCAGCAGCAGACAGCAAUGCUCUGGAGAGCAUCCGGGGCCACAGCCAUGCAGAGAUUAGUGGUGUGUGGACCAGUCAAGACCCCCGGAGCCCAACUCAGCGCUGCCCAGUAUUUACAAUUAAGAAGAUCCCAGAUGAAAGAGGCGUCCGAAAUGAAAUAUGGAGACCAAGUUGAAGGACAGACAUGGGAUGACAUCAUCAGGGUCAUGACUUCAGCCACGGUCCGAUUUGAGCUCCUGUCAACAGUUCACACAAGCCCUGUGACGCUGGAUGUGCAGAGAGAAGGGGGCGUGUCCACCAAGGGUCCGAGAGGCGGGGUCUUUGUCAUGUACAACUGUGCCCGCCUACACACCCUCUUCAGCAGCUAUGAGAAAGGAGUGCAGGAAGGACUUUACCCAGAAAUCCCUGAAUGCUCUGAACUGGACUUCUCCUCCCUGAAAGAAGAGGGGGAGUGGCUUCUUCUAUUCAAUUACCUCAUUCCGUAUUCUGAACUUUUGGACCAAUCGGGGAGAGCGCUGGAACUCGAAGGAGGAGGGGUCAGAAUUAACCUUAAGACUGAACAAGUAUGCAGAUUUCUGGUGUCUCUGAGUAAAGACUUCAGCUCCUACUACAACAGGGUUCAUGUGCUUGGGGAGCCAUUGCCUCAUCUCUUCAAUCAGAUGUUUUGUCGUCUGCUGUUGCUGAGUGCUCUGAGAGAGCUCUACCACAACGCACUGGAGGCCCUCAACCUGCCCCCCAUCCCACAGCUAUAGCUGAGCCACACACACACACACACACACACACACACACACACACACACACACACACACACACACACACACACACACACACACACACACACACACACACACACACACACAUUAAAGAUAACAGCCCCAGCUCUGGUCACCAGACAAUACACACACACACACAUGCACACCACCCUGUUUUUUCACCCUCUUAAGCGGCCAACCUCUAUGCCACUGUUGGUGGGCCCCAUGUCCUCACAGAUACCCAGGCGCCACUUAGUGUUUCCACUGCAGCAAGCAAGCCUGUAUUUAAAUUAGUUCACGGUAGAAGUCAAUCACUACAUGUCUCCUCACCUCUCAGCCCCCAGCCCCUGAUAGCCCAGCCUCCUCCUUACAACCAUUUCAAAUCACAGUAGCUUAAGCCGGGCUCAAACUACACGACUCCCGAUUUUGUGUCCGAUUUUGAUGUCGGGGUGCGCCACACACUAGAAGAGAAUCGCGACGGUCAAUCUUAUCCCUACUCGCAACCACCGAACCAAUGCCCGACGUCCGAUUUCCAGUCGCAAAUAUCAAACAGCGUUUGAUUUCUACGAUUUGCGAUUAGCGCCUCUUUGAGCUGCCAAAAUUCUAUCUUGGAAUGUCACACGACAAGGAAAUCUUGCGCGAGAAUCGCUUGCGAUGGUCAAGUAACGUUCUUCCGAUUGUCGUAAGGGGGGAGGUGGGGGGUGAGGUCAGCUGAGAAUCGGGCCGAUAGUCAUGUAGUUUGAGCCUAGCUUUACAGUAGUCACUACCCAGUCUCAGUUUCAAUGUUACAACUCCAUUUUUAAAGCGGACUUCACCUUCUGCCAAACUCUCGGUUGCUCGGUUGUUUUUAGUAUACCAGUGUCAUAUUUAUUUAUCUGUAAAUAAUCACUGCCAUGACCACUGCUUUCAGAAAUUCAUGAAAUACUGGCACGUUAUUGGUCAGUGUGUUUCCUCUACUUUCUUUUUCUUAAAUUAUUAUUAAUUCUAAUUCUCAGAACUGGCAUGAUUUUUACUGUCUUACCCUUGGCUCAGUUGGGUCCUUGUCAAUACUAAUUGAAUAUUAUUAUUUAUAUGCAAUAUUUACACCCCUGGUAGAAGUAGGAAGUUCUGUAGUGUGUCAUCCUCUGUUGACUACAGCCUUCACUCUCUCUUCAGCCCAUUGACGAGGUGCAUGACUCCCAACUUCACCCUCCCAUCCUCAGUCACCCAUGGUGCCACUCAUUACCACCUCAGUAGCAUGUAGCGUCUGCUCACAGACACACACAUAAACACACACACAAACUCACACACGUUCUGCUGUCUGGACUGACUAUCACUCGUUCCUCAGACCUUCACUUCACUUCUUCCUCUCUGACUUCCGUUAGAUCUUCACCAACCCACUCAGUAGAUACCCCACAACUCAAACAGCACUACAGAUGCGUAUGUACGUAUCUUUAGCCCUAGGUAGCCUAGCCUGUGCACCUCCACCCUUCUUUAACCAGCACCAUAGAUGUUGUCGUUACUGUACUGUACACCCAUCCAUGGUCCAUCCACGUGUCUUUGACUGGCGCUCCACAUCGCCAUGUCUCUACCGUGCCAUAGCGCCACCCAACGGACGCACGCGCAUCCUCUCUUUGUGCCAUGGGGAGCUGAUGUUUCUUUUCACAGCUCGCAUGUAAACAUGUGCCAUAAUCCUGGACUGUUCUCUGUGUGUGUGGUUCUAUGUUUGUGUCGGGGUGGGUCUGGGCGCAUGUUUGUGUGUGUGUGUGUGUGAGUGUGAGGCAAGAGUGUGAGAGCACACCUACAAAAUGAAAACACACCCUCACAGGGGCAUUACAUGUGCAUUGUUGAACCCAGAUGUCUUUUGCCACCCACACACACAUGUGAAUCUCACCAAUAAAACAAUGUG